AUGAUCCAGCGGCACCAGCUAGUGCAGUCUGUACUGCAGGAGCUACAGGAGGCCACCGAAUGCUUUGGGCUAGAGGGACUAACAAGUGCAGCCCUGGAGGCUGAGAGGACCUUGUCCUCUUUCUCCCUACCCAGCUACUGCGGGAGGCAGUUCCAGGAAGAGUUGGAAGUUGACCGGGUGGCAAGAAGCCUGUAUCCGGAGGAUGCCCCCAGCAACAUGCUGCCUCUGGUCUGCAAGGGGGAGGGGAACCACCUGUUUGAGGCAGCCAGUGUGCUGCUGUGGGGGAACCCUAGCCUGAGUCUGGAGCUGCAGGUGCGCACAGUUGUGGAGAUGCUGCUGCACAAGCAUUACUACCUGAACGGCAUGAUUGACUCCAAGGUGAUGCUGCAGGCUGCCCGCUACUCCCUCUGCACCGAGGAGUCCCCUGAGAUGACCAGCCUGCCUCUGGCCAUCCUCGAGGCCAUUUUUGAUGCUGACAUCAAGGCCACUUGUUUCCCUGGCACCUUUGCCAACAUGUGGCAUGUCUACGCCUUGGCCUCGGUGCUGCAGUGUAACAUCUACUCCAUCUACCCCAUGAGCAACUUGAAGAUCCGGCCAUACUUCAACCGCCUCAUCCGGCCCAGGAAGUGUGGCCCGCAGACCUCCACACUCCACAUCAUGUGGUCAGGGCAGCAGCUCUCCUCACAGGUCUUCAAAGCACAGUACUUCGUGGCUGUGGUAGGCCUGGAAGAGCUGGAACCCACAAGCCCUCCUCCAGAGCCUCCAGUCCAGCCAGUCCAGACUCUGGAGCUGCUGAAGAGUGACCCCCGGCUGACCUACUUUAACCUGUGUGACCGCUACAGCAUCACCAAGAGCACCUUCUACCGCUGGAAGCGCCAGUCCCGGGAGCACAGGCAGAAAGCAGCCACCAGGUUUGCAGCCAAACACUUCCUGCAGUCUUGCUUCCAAGAGGGCAAUGUGAUCCCUCUUCAGCACUUCCGACAAAUGUUCCCAGAAAUCUCCCGCUCCACUUACUACGCUUGGAAGCACGAGAUGCAGAGCAUGGUCAAUGGCGGUGAUACCUCUGCUCCAGCUGAGGCCAUGGUGUCACAGGAGCCUCAUGGAGACCAUCAAAAAAAGCCCCACCCAGACAGGGAUGAUGCAGCAAAGUCAGAGGGGGGCCUAAGGCCGAAGAUCCCUCCCCUGGAGCCCAACCAAGCAGGAAUCUUCAUGCAAGGAGCCAAGUCAUACCUAGAGAAAUGCAUUGCCAUGAACACUCUGGUGCCCUACAGGUGCUUCAAGCGCAGCUUCCCUGGUAUCUCCAGGUCCACCUACUACAACUGGCGGAGAAAAGCCAUUAAGGGGAACCCCAACUUCAAACCCCCUCAGCCUCCCUCAGUCAGCCAGAAGCCCCUAGUGAAAGGGAAGGCAUACCUGCCAUUCAAGCCUGGAAAUCUGCCUGGCAGGAAAAGGCUGAACGGACACCGGCCAGAGCCCAGAAGUCUCCUCCAGCUCAAACCCUCUCUCUAUAACUGGAGAAAGCAGCUUAGAGACAUGGCCAAGAGGCAUGUCCAGCAGUGGCGGCUGCCAUUCUGCAAGUUCCGCCUGCGCUAUCCAGGCUUCUCCUCCACAGCCUAUUGGUUCUGGAAGAGAAGCAGCCAGCCGAUGAACAAGCAUCCUCUCUGGACCAGCUCAUCCCAACAGCAGAGUCAGGUCAUCUCUGAGGCUCCUGGAAAAGCAGAGCCUGGGAUCAAACCACAGUCACAAAUGGAAGUGGCUCCCAGGCAUCUAGACAAGCAGGCAUCAGUCACCCCCUACAAUGCCACAAUCUCAGGCUAUGCCAUGUCAGAAAGAGCCAACAGCCGGAUGUUCGUGAUGGAUGUGAUUGCCACUGCCCAGUUCAAAGCUCAGGCCAAACUGUUCCUGCAGCAGCGCUUUGAAUCGAAAACCUUCCCGACCUACAAGGAGUUCAGUGCCCACUUCCCCCUCACGGCACGCUCCACCUACUACAUGUGGAAGCGCGCGCUGCACGAUGGACUGACGCUAGUGGAUGCCUGA